AUGACAGACAGUCUCAAAAAUGUUGCUCUUGAAGAGGAAGAGUCCUUUCUACCUCAUUCCAACACGCCAAAGACGCAAAAUCUGCCACGGCAUCGUCGAGUCGUCGCCUUUUUCACUGUACUGAAUGUCGGUGCGCUUGUUCUCAUCUACGUAUUGUUGAGAUCCAGAACGUCGACAUUAGAGUUUCCAAACCCUUUUCCCUCCAUCGAAUACGAAAUUCGGUCCUUCAAGGAAGAAUACAAUCGGGACAUGUCUGUAGCAGAUGUAUGGGACACGAAGAAGGACUAUCCGCCGUUCGAGGGCCUAAUAUUCAUAGACAACGCAGAAGAAUACAGACUUCCGCCGGGUGUGCAAGUCGAUGGGAAAGCCAAUCAAUAUGGCACCGCUUGGACUCAUCAAUACCAUUGUCUGGAAAUGAUUCACACAGCGUACGAGACGACUAUACACAAUUCGACCUCGAUACAUGCACUGCUUGGCGACAUGGAUAAAGAGCCAAAAGAGGCGGGCAUUCACCACAUUAGGCAUUGUUUUGAUUACCUCCGGCAGCAUAUAAUCUGCGCAAUGGACAUGCGGGUGGAAUAUCCUACGACAAAUCCGAAGGGAAUCAAUGGGUAUGAGAUUCCAAGAAGAUGCGUUAAAAGGGAGUCUCUCGAUAAAUAUAUGGGCGAGCAUGGACAGCGAAAAUAA